UUUUUACCAUUAUAUAUGUUCUUUACCUUCACAUAAUUUUAUUUUUUUGUCUAAUACAAUUGGUGAAACCCUAACCCCCCAAACAAACCAUCAUUCUCCUCUUUCAAAAAAAACGUAAAACCCUAGAAAUGACCUCCUCUGACAUGAAUUCCAAUUUAAACCGCCUUAGAUCGAUGGCUCUCGGCUCUUCAUCCAAACAAUCCGAUCCUCAUCAGCAGCAACCGCGAGCCUCCCAAGAAACCCUCAACGCGAGAUUGAAACUCCGGAGAACCCCCAACGAAGAGCACGAGCCGGAGCACUAUGAGGAUCUGCAGCUCGACUUCAACCCUUCUCUGUUCAGGUCCCUCGAGCGGUUCUUGCCAGAGAAUCUUCUCAGCUCCACUCGCAUCGAAAAGGCUCGUGCCAUGAGUGACCUUCUCCUCCGUUACUCGCCUGAAAGUGAACGAAUACGGGUUCAGAAGCAUAGAGAGUACAGACAGAACAUCUUGUCUUCUUACCAGCGUCUACAUGAAGAGCUCUAUACUCUUCACCCUGUUAGCUUCUUUGUCCCUUCGUUUCUUGACGCUGUUAGCAACACAUCGGAGGAGAAUUUCAAAAGCAUAAUUGGUCGUGCAGCUCCUGGGAUCUACACUUUCGAUAUGUUAAAGCCACAGUUCUGCCAAAUGUUAAUAGCAGAGGUUGAAAAUAUGGAGAAAUGGUUCCAUUAUUCAAAAUCCUCAAUGAUGAGACCAACAACAAUAAACAAAUUCGGUGUUGUUCUCGAUGAUUUUGGCCUUGACGGCAUGCUCCAGAAGUUGCUUGGGGACUUCAUAAGUCCUAUAUCUCAAGUUUUGUUCCCGGAAGUCUGUGGAACCGGUUUGGAUUCUCACCAUGGCUAUGCUAUUGAGUAUGGAAAGUAUAGGGAUACUGAUCUUGGGUUCCAUGUGGAUGAUUCAGAGGUUACUUUGAAUGUCUGCUUGGGCAACCAGUUUUCUGGUGGGGAGCUGUACUUUCGAGGUGUGAGAUGUGAUAACCAUGUGAAUUCUGAAAUCAAGGAAAAUUAUGACUACUCACAGGUACCUGGUCAAGCCGUUCUUCAUCAUGGACGUCACCGCCAUGGUGCUAGAGCUAUAACUGCUGGACGCCUAGUGAACUUGGUUAUGUGGUGUAGAAGCUCAACUUUUCGAGAGGCGAAGAGAUACCAAAAAGAUUUCUCAAGCUGGUGCGGAGGAUGCAAACUUGAAAAACACAAUAGGCAGCAAGCGGCAAUUAAGGCUACUGUAGAGGUGCUGAAGAGGAGAGGUGCAGACAAGACGCAUGUCGAGCAUUAAGAUAAACAGGGAUAUGUCAGGAGAAUCUAUCUUCUUUGUAUUAAUUUUCAGUGGCUAUGUAUGUAGAGGCAGUUAAAGUACCACCCUUUGUUCAAGGGUAUAGUAUUCUGUUACAUUUUUCUGGGAGAGAGGCAAAUAAUCAUUAGAGAGGAAGAUUAGUUAAAGUGAUUAUCAGCAUUGUGUAACCGUAAGAACUUAGAUGUAAAACACCUUUUGCUCUCUUUAAGCGUUUUAUGCGACUU